AUGCACCCCUUCCACCGGAUUUCACCACUUGGAAGAAGUCUUCCUCGCAAGAAGGCGCGCCGCUUCCUCCUGAUUUUCUUGCUGAGAAGAAGUCUUCGCCUAAGUUUGAUGAUGCUCCUCUACCCCCCCGACUUCGUUACAAAGAAGCCAGCUCCGGAUGCCGACGAUGCCCCCCUGCCGCCGGACUUCCUGUCAAAGCCCAAGAAGGCCGAGGCUCCUUCCGCGGCCCCCGAAGAGGCACCCCUACCUCCUGACUUCCUUACCAAGGUGAAGACUGAGCCUAUUGAGGACGAGGAGACCAUCCCGAUCCCUGAUGGUUCCGACGCGGACUCUGAAGGCGAGGGAUCCGACUUUUCUGACAGCGGUGAAGAAAUAACCCAUGACGAGACCAAGGUCCCAAGCCCUGAGGCUUCUCCUGAGAGCUCGUUUGGCGGCAUAUCAGAGAAGGGUGCCACCAGUGGGCUUUUCAGUGGUUUCCCCAAGGCUGCCGCCCCCAAGGAAGGCCAGAAGCCUCCCCGACAGUUAUUUGGUGAAAUUCCGAAGCAGCCACUCCUCCCGCCUCCUGGGCCUGUCGCCCAAAACAACCGCGAGCCUUAUCGAUCCCCCAGUCCUACUCGUCUCAACUCCCAGAGGAACACAAUGUUCUCAAAGAAGCCCGAACAGCGCAAAGAGGCAGGAAGUGCCCUAGCGACUCGAAAAGCUUCGUUAACACAGAUGGCUCAGCGUGGUGGACAGCUACGCAAAGCUAGUAUUAGUUCGCAAGAUGAGAAUAUUCGUGCCAGACAGGCCGCACAACGACAACAGGAAGAAGAAGCCCUCUCCCUGUCAGAUGACGAUGAGGACGAGCGGCUCCGUGCGGACCUGGCUCGCCCAGUUGAACCUGUGGCAACUCUCGACCCUUUCCUCCCUCACCAGAACUACACAGGAGAGACUGCCAAGCCUGGCGUUCCAGGCAUGAUCGAGCGUCUGUACCGCGACAUCAACUCGAUGGUCGAUACGUUGGGCAUCAAUGCGCGAUCCCUGGAUGCAUACCUGCUCUACCAGCAGCCUUCUAGGUCUUCGCAAGUUGCCGCAUGGGUGAAAAUUCUGAAGAGCGAACAGCCGUCCGAUAUUCUUGACGAAGAAGUAUUUCUACAGAAUAUCACCAAUCUUGACGAGAUUGUUGCCGCUCUUCGCACCUCUCUCCACAACCAACGUGUGCAGGGUGUAGAAGAGAAGCUUGCACAAUGCCACGAGCUAUUGACCAAGGAUAUCGUUAGUCUACGCAGCCUGUUUGCCAGCAUCCGGAAGAUUCUCGAUGCGCACACCGACACCGGUUCUAUCAUUGCGGCACCUCUUUCCGCCGAACAAGCUACACUCCAGCAGGAUCUUCGUACCAACUUCACUGAGAUACAGGCAAAGAUGGCUGGUCUUGAAGAAGGCGUGUCCUUACUACGAGCCAAGAUUGCAGAUAUCCCCCGUACCGAUGGAACAUCUGCUUCAAAUAGAAAGCGACCCACCGUCGAAGCUGUUGCCUCUACUAUCGCCACCAUGAUGAGUAUGGCCGAGGGAAAGAGUAGUGACAUCGAUGUUCUCGAAGCUCAGAUGCGGAAACUUGGCGUCGACAUCUCCACGGUGUCCAGCAGCCGCGAAGGAUCGCCCUUUACCACUCCCCGUAAGAAUGCGGGUCGUUUCCCCGCAACCCCGGGCUCGCGUGGAUCUGUCGAUGGUAGCUCCUAUCACACACCAGAGUCCGCCUCACGUGGCGUCAAUUUCCGGGCAAGCAUGAAUGGCUCAGCGAAACACAGCCGCCUUCGUAGUGUCGAGGGCGUUGGUCAGAUCGUUGUGCAGGAAGAGACUUCCCGCUGGAAGUUGAAGAAUUCCCACCGCCGGCAUUUGGUAGGCAACCUGAAGUCUGCCAUCGAGAAGAAAGAUGUCAAGCUACGUACCCUGGAUGAUGAUUGGGUAGUCGUGGACAAGAAAUAA